GAGACAACGUUACAUGCGUCAUUAUUCAGCAUGGAGAACAAGAUGCUCCAGAUGGCUGCUUGUUUGGCACUGAUUUUUUCAAGUGUGUGUGUGGGUGAAGGAAUCUUACCCCUUGGGCCCCUGAGUGGAGCAGUAGCGGGGACAGUGAAGUUCACCACCACCCUCAGUCCUCCUGGGAGUCCAUUCCUCCUGGUCAGCUGGAGCUUCAAAGAGGUGAAUAUCAUCACCUUCACCAGCACAAAUGUCACUGAGCCUGGAUAUGUCAACAGGAUCUCUUUAGACCAAGCCACGGGAGGCCUGGAGCUCAGGAACCUGGUGCUGGAGGACAGCGGGGAGUACACAGUCACCAUCACACAGGACGGAGGGCAGCAGAAACAGGGCAAGACUACACUGAAUGUGUAUGCACUGAUAACCGGAGCCACCAUCCAAACCCCUGCAGCUAUUUUAAUAGAAGACAAAAGCUCCACCAACCUCAGCUGCGAGGCGUCCGGGUCCAUCAGCACCAGAGUUUGGAUGAAGGAUGGCCAGCUGCUCGAAAAGAGUGGCAGAGUCAGUUUCUCAACAGACAACAGGACAGUAUUCGUGCAACCUGUUCACAGUUCCAGCCACGGCACCUACCAGUGUCGAGUCAGCAACCCAGUCAGCACCAUGACUGCAGCCCGUAAUCUCUCUGUGAACUUUGGUCCACAUAACGUAUCAAUUAGUGGACCUUCUUCAGCUGCCCUUGGCCAGAGAGUGACACUGCAGUGCACAGCCAACUCUGUCCCACCAGCAAAAUUCAGCUGGAUGUUCAACGGCAAUGAGACACAUGUUAAUAACUCCAUGUACAUCAUAGAGAGGUUGGAGGCAGAAAGCAUCGGUAAUUACACCUGCACUUCCAGAAAUAUGGUGACCAUGCUGGAAAACUCUACAGUUCUGAAUCUGAGAGCAUCCUGCGCUGCUCCCUGCUGGUCAUUUUUACUGAUGCUGAUGAGUGCGCUGACUGUGAGAAAGUUAAUGUAAAAGAAAGUGGAAGAUUCUCUCUUUCCUGAUGCAUUUUGCUCAUAACGGAAGACGUUGAUUAAAAUCAAUAAUAAUGUGCUGUACAUGAAAUGCUAUUUUGACUCAUGACUAUUUUAUUGACUUUGAAUAGAUGCCAGAACUUAAUACAGAGAAAUAGAAACUCUCACAUUGAAAAUAAACAAGUAUCUUUCUUGUUAAUUAAAUAGACUAUAGAGAUAUAAGAGUGCAAAUGCCUCUGUGUCCACAUUUGGUACCACAAAUAAUAGCCCUAUAAAUUAUGUUUACUUAUACUGCCGAAAUAUUUAGCAGUUUUAAAAGCAAAAUACAAUUAAAAGUCUUCUGGGAUUAUUUUUGAAGACGCUAAACACUUUUUUCUACUUUUUUAUUCUAAAGAAUAAAAAAAUAAAAUAAUGCAGACAUAAUUUUCCAUGUCAUUUUUUCCCUGGUAUAUGAAACUGUGUAGUUACAUCUUGCAUCAUUCUCAAUAUCACGGCUAUGAUAACCUUGCUGAAAAUGUGAUUGUGUACAUGUACAAGAUGCAGCAAAGCUUAAGUUUGUGGCAAAUGUUUCUGUUAAGAGCAUAAAAUAAAUAUUGCAAAACGUUUGGAAGAAAUAAUUUAUGGCCCGUUAAGGAAUUCUGCUAUAUUUUCUUGUACUGAGUCUAUCUAACAGAAUUAUUGGGGAAACUGGCCAUGACUUUUACAUUUUUAAUUGAGCCUAAACUAGGCAGCAAUACACAACACGGAAGUAUUA